AUGGCCGCCUUCGUCGCAGCAAACUUGAAUCCGUGUAAUUAUAUUGGAGGAGUGAGUUUUGAGCCUAGUCGGGAUAUACCAGAUCUAUCCGGAAAGGUCAUUCUGGUAACCGGAGGAAACGCCGGCCUCGGAGAAGAAUCCAUCCUCCAACUCGGCAAACACAACCCAAAGCACAUCUAUCUCGCUGCCCGCUCCGCCGAAAAAGCAGACAAGGCCAUCACCUGUCUCAAGGCGAAAUUAUCAAAUGAAGUCCCCAUAACCUGGCUCCCCCUCGACCUGACAUCCAUCAAAUCCAUCCAAGAUGCAGCCGCCAAAUUCACCGCCGAAUCCUCCCGUCUCGACAUUCUCAUGCUCAACGCAGGCGUGAUGGCCCUCCCGCCAGGUGAAACAGAGAUCGGGCACGAAAUCCAGCUCGGAACAAACCAUACCGGCCACUUUCUGCUCACGAAGCUCCUUCUCCCGAUUCUGGAAAAGACGGCCGCAGAGCCGGAGUCGGAUGUUCGUGUUGUAUCUUUGUCCUCGGUGGGACAUAAUCUCGCCCCGUCCUUUGAGACGAUCAUCGAUCAGAACAAGUUGAAAAAAGUGAACACAAACACCCGCUACGGCGCGUCCAAGGCAGCGAACAUCCUCUUCGCCUCGGAACUCGCUCGUCGGUAUCCAUCUCUCACUUCCGUCUCCGUGCAUCCGGGUAUUAUCCUUACGGAUCUCUACAACUCCAUCAGUUCCUCUGUCCUCGGAGGAGUCAUGUCCAAGACGCUGGGUGUAGUCGGAACGGGUGUCCCUGCGGGUACGCACAAUCAAUUAUGGGCUGCUGCUGGGGCGAAAAAGGGGGAUUUGGUGAAUGGGGCGUAUUAUGUGCCUGUUGGUAAUCAUAAGGCUGGGAAUAAAUAUGCGCAUAGUGAGGAGUGGGGGAGGAGGCUGUGGGAAUGGAGUGAGAGUGAGCUGAGGAGGGUUGGGGCUUUGUAA